AAACCAUUUUAUCUGCUGUCCGUCCAUCGAUGCAGAUUACAUGUAACACAUUUUAUCUACGCGUCGAUAAUUAAAAAAAUAUAACGCGAGACAAACGUCAAAUCGUUUCGAAAUUUCAAAAGUGUCAUUUGUAAAUUCGCGCGUUUUAUUUUUAUUUUUGUGCCAGUGUUUUUAUUCAUUUUUUUAAUUGUAAAAAAAAAGGUUGUGGUUUAUUUUAUGAUGUGACUUUGUUUAGUGAUUGUGUUUAUGGUCAAGGAGAAAUUUCUAAUAGAAAAUUACGACACUGGUAGGUUAGGUUCGCUUGUGUGCGGCAUUGAAAAGGUAUAAUUACGAAAUUGAUUUAAGUAUAACAACAUCACCGGUAUACGGAAUUGACAUUAAAUUAGUGUAAUUAAAAAGUAAUAAACUACAUUAGUUACAAGAAGUAUCGCCAUUAAAGAGGACGUGAGUGGUUUGUGAACAAUUUUUAUUUUGGGAUUAAAUAUGAAAGACUUUGUGCAAAUUUGGAGUCGCGUCACCGGAAGAAGGUAUUCAUCAGUGAAUACAAACGAUCGGGAAUUGAGAGAUUUAUCCAAUAAUCGAUUGAAAAGAGGUGAUAUCGAUACGUCGGCAAUCGAAGCCAAUUUGGCGGAGUGUGAGGUGUUGAACAGCAAAUUUGUUGAUGAUCUAGACUUCAACGAUCGUAAGAAUGCGAUUAUUAAUCGAUUAUUCGAAAGGCGGAGGCAAGGACAUAUUGGAAGACAGCCGAAAUGUCUAUUUAUCCUGCUCAUGCUGGGUUUCUUCGCUUUGGCAGCUGGAUGCUUCAUCUUGUUCCUACAUCCAUAUGAUUUCCUCUUCAGACAAAAAGUGGUCCUCUCCAACGGUGGUGAGAUCUUCGAGAUGUGGAGGAAGCCAGAGGUGGAGCUGUACUGCCGCGUGUUCCUGUUCAACGUCACCAACGCUGAGGAGUACCUGGCUGGCACUGACAGCAAGCUGAAGCUGCAGGAGGUCGGACCUUACGUCUAUAGAGAGGCUCUGGAACACGAUAUAACCGGGUUCAACCCCAACGGGACUCUGUCGGCCAUCCCCCGACACCCCCUGACGUGGGUGGAAGAACUGUCUGAGGGGAAUAAGGAAGAUGAUGUGCUUUAUCUACCUCAUAUAGCGUUGUUGAGCAUAGCAAACGUAGUCGCUCGCCAAGGGUUCAUGACCCAGUUCGGCUUAAACAACCUCAUCACAAUUACGAGAAGCCAGCCCUUGGCUAUGAUGACGGCUAAGGAGUUUAUGAUGGGGUACAAAUCCGAGCUGAUGACCUUGGGGAACACCUUCAUGCCAGGUUGGAUCUACUUCGAUAAGCUCGGACUUAUUGAUAGGAUGUAUGACUUCAAUGGCGACUACGAGACGAUCUACACAGGCGAGACUCAGCUCGAGUACUCGGGGCUUAUCGACACCUACAAGGGCUCCAGCGACCUCCCCCACUGGGAGGGCAAACACUGCUCCAACGUGAGGAACGCCUCCGACGGCACUAAGUUCAAGGGAGGAGUAACCAGGAACGAAACAAUACUGUUUUAUAGGAAAAGCAUGUGCCGCGCUGCUCCUUUGAUCCCUGUGCAAGAAGGCGUGAAGAGCGGACUCAAUGCUUAUAUGUACACCUUCCCUGAAAAUAUGCUGGACAACGGAAAAUAUAUCGAGGAGAACAAGUGCUUCUGCAGGAAAGGUAAAUGCCUCCCAGCUGGUCUAAUUGACGUCACAGACUGCUACUAUGGAUUCCCGAUCGCCCUCUCCUACCCCCACUUCUACAAGGGAGACGAUAUCUUGUUCAGUAAAGUCGAGGGUCUCACGCCGAACAGAGAAGCACACGAAACUAGAUUCUGGAUCGAACCCACGUCGGGACUGCCUCUGGACGUGAGCUCCAAGAUGCAGAUCAAUAUGGCGAUAGGCGACGUGUCCAAGAUCAAAAACGCUGAUAAAUUCUCCAACAUGUACCUGCCAUUGCUUUGGUUCGAUAUUAGAAUGUACUCCCUAACGCCAUCUUUGGAGCACAGAUUCAACCUCUAUCUCAACGUCCUCCCGAUCGUAGAACAGGGGGCCAUGUACAUCCUCUUUAUAUCCGCUGCUUGCCUUAUCCUCUCUUCAGUCUAUAUCCUCACAUUCAAAGUCAUGUUUAAAACUGUUGCCAACAAGAAGAAGCAACGAAACAUCGUCAUUGGCAAUGACAUGUGGAUCGAAAAAGAGAAGAAGAAUAGAGACAAUAUUUAUGCACCUUGUGAGAUACCUCUUAACGAUACAGAAUCAGAUUCUGACCCACAAUUCGAUCAAGAAAGACGUCCAUCUUUACUCAAAACUCACAGCGAUAGAAUCAAAGAACUGAGUCACAAAUUAGGCGAUAAAGUAUACGAUUCCGUUGGCACUGUCAAAGAUUUGGUGCGCGACGAAAUCAUUCAUGUGAAAAAUAUUUUCAGUGAUAGAAGGAAUUCUGUCAAAAACGAGGAAACCAAUGAUGCUUAUAAAAGCGAUUCGGGAGAUGAUGAAAGGGAUUAUGGAUAUAAAACAGUUAGACAGACAGACAGCGAUGACGAUUGCAAGUAUUUAGAAGUUAUUGAUGAUGGCAGUGGGUUUGAAGACGAACAGAAACAUUUUGAUAGUAAAAUGUGUAACCAAUUGAAGAGAUUAGACUCAACAGUGGAUGAAGAAAUGAUAUUGCAUAUAUCGGAUUGAUAUUUCUUGCUAUUGACUGAUGUGUUGUAAAUUACGAUCAUGAGUUUAGACUUGUGAUGGAAAUGUGAUAGAAUCGAUUUACGAAUCGAGUUGAACAUCGUUUUUAGGUUAGGAAUGUACGAUUUGUUUCUGUUCCUCAUUUUCAAUGCCUUCUUGAAGUUCCUUUUUCUCUUAUGACCUGCACACAGUUUUGUCAGUAGCUUUUAUAAUGUAGGUAUCAGUUUUUGGUUGUUAAAGUAUUAUAACCAUCACAUCGUGAAAUGUCAAAGCCUAGAAAGAUAAAAUUGAUAGAUAUUGCACCAUUUACAAAGAAAUCUUAAGUUAUAACUUGGUAUUCAAACACAAAUGAGAGCAAUUAUCACAAAUGCAAUUUCUUCCAGCGAACAUUUGGUUGGAAAAAGAAGGAAGUGAGCUAACUGGUGCAGUCAAAUUAGUAACUAUAAAUAAAUUAAACAAAAAAAUAUUGUAUAAUGUCAAAUCGAUUUUUUUUUAUCAAAUGAGAACAAAUGUAUGAGAAUAUUAAAUUAUUUUAAAUUAUGACUGAUUAUAGGUUGCUCAAAUUGUCUAAAUGUGUUGUGAAUAGUUUAGAAAUAAGAUUACUUAUAAUGAGAAUUUAUAAAUUGUUCGGCAAAAAAAUUAUGAUAAGUUUUAUGAAUUGCCUAUGCCAAUUUACCAAUAUUAGUAGGUAUAGUUUUUAAAUCGUCGAUCGUAUUUGCCAUUUUAUAGGAACAGGGUAAAAUUAAUUUAGUUUUUUUUUAGAAAUUAAGCCUGUUGUUUUUCAGUGUUUUUUUUUUUACUUUCUCGGGUUAUGCUUCCGAUAUUUUAAAAACGAAUUUAUCUACUUAAAUAUAAAUAAAAAUCCCUGUAUUCAAUAAACAUUUCAACACAAUGCAAAUCAACUAUAUUUACUGCAAAAAUAUACGUACAUAGUGAUAAUGAUUUUACAUAGCAAUCAAUACAUUAUGUAUUCAUGUAAUGAGAUGAUAAUUUCUCUCAACAGAAAGCGCUAGUGGUAUGUCAGGACAACUGUCAACUAGUACAAAAAUGUCAUUCAAAUGUGACAAGGGACAACUGACAGUUUGGCAAAUCUUUGAUCUACAGCGUAGACUAAAAAACUAGAUGGUGGAUUUAGUAAGCACUUCGCGGAGUACCUACUAAUUCCAUGUUAUAUAUGUUUCGUCACAUAGACCAAAACGAUUUAGACAAUAUUAACCAAAUUAAAUUAAGUCUACGCCACAGACAGAGAGCGCUAUAAACCCAGUCAUGUCUUCCAUUUCGCCCAUACAAGAUACAGAUGUGCUUAUAAGAAAUAUAUGAGAGGAAACGAGACAGAGCGCUAACAUCUUUUCUUCCUCAUCAUGUGAUGAGAUUAGCAGGAAAGAGUCGCGAUGUUGUAUGGAAAUGUUUUGUCUCAUGUGGCUACGCUAGCUAGUCGUUGCUUUGUGAUGAUGUCCUGGGUUUUCUGAACGCCGUGUUUCAAAAUAUCUAAUCUAUUUCAUAAAGUAAUUGACGAAUCACUCGAAUUAAGUAUCAAAGAGUCUUGUGUGAUAGCUUAGUUAAUGUACUUGAUAAAACAUUUUUUUAAAUUAAAUUAUUUUGAUAAAUUAAUAGGUGCGUAGUUUUGUGCAAUUCUCUUAUUGUUUUUUAUAAGACAGAAAUAUUUUUUAGUGUCGUAUACAGUUGUAUGUAGACUGUUUUUAAUUCUUUUUUAUACGUAACCAUAGUUUUUUUAAAUUACAAUAAGAAAGUUGAUUUAUUAGAUUAUAUUAUCCUAAUUCCUAGUAAUAAUGUGUGUUUGUUUGUUACUCUUUCACGCAAAGUCUACUGGACGGAUUGUUAUAAAAUUUGGUACACGGGUAGAAUAGAACCUGGAAUAACACGUAGGGUACUUUUUAUCCCGAAAUUCCCACGGGAGCGACGCUAGCAAUUUUAUAAUUGUAAAAUUUCUUGUCAAACGUAUUUAAAAUUGUUAUAUGUAGUACAUUCUUGCCAUUCGUAAAUUUCUUUUAAAUUUACUAAAUAGUACAUAAAAAGUAUAUAAUUUUCCAAUAAACUUUCAUUUGCGUAUAAAAACGAAUUGAAUUUGAUAACAAUUAAUAUAAUUGCACUAAUGUAGAAUAGAAUUAGGUAUGUUUUCGAUAAAUCGCUCAUUUUAUAUCGGUACAAAGGCUACCAAAUGCUAUAUUAUGUAAAUAAAGAGAUUUUAUUGAAAGUGAA